CCUUUCAAUUAUCCAUCGCCCAACACGUCUUCCAACGGAUAACCCCAAUGGCCUCCACCCAAAUUCUCUCACCCACCUCCACCUCCACCUCCACCUCCACCUCCACCGCCAUCACCACCGCCAUCUCUCUGACACCUCAUUACCUCCACUCCUUCUCCAAAUUACCCUUCCCUGGCUUCGCUUCCAAAAACUACAGACCAAUAACCAAACUCCACGUCACCUCCCCUACCAACCAGCCCAGCGUAACCGCCGCCACCACCUCCAAAAAGCCCACCGAGGAAACCAUCUUCUUCGACGGAGGAGCCCACUACGGUGACCUUUUAGCCAACCUUCUUCUGGGUUUCACUCUGCUAUGGCUACCUUUGACUCUUGCAGCGGUUUCAAGGGCCUUUUUUUUGAGGUACAGGUUCACCAACCUGCGGGUGACGGUUAUUUCGGGGUUGACGGGUCAGGAUCGGAGUGAUUUCUCGUACACUGUGAUAAAGGAUGUUCAGGUGGUGCCGCGCUUCAUCGGUGAGUGGGGUGACAUUGUCAUUACUCUAAAGGAUGGUACCAAGGUGGACCUCAGGAGCGUGCCUAAGUUCAGAGAGAUUGCCAAGUAUUGCCUCGCCAUGGCCGAGAAGCCUGUUGAUUUGAAGGAAAGAGGGAAGCCUAAAGGGUUUUAGAGAGUUUUGGUUCGGUUUAGUGGACAUGGCCGGUUCAUUCGUGGGGGAGUUAUCUCUGGCCUUUGAGACAACAGAUAGAAGAACUCCAAAUGACAAAAGUGUGACAGUCUGUGAAAUUGCGUGGAUGUGAUGCGAGCGCAUUGUGCGGACGUGGCUCUCCCAUCAACGUACAUUAGAUCCAUCUGGAGCUCCAUCAUGCUAGACAGAUGGAUAUUAUUGCAUAGGCGAUGACUUCUUGUUUUUCUCUUCUUUUUUUUUUUUUUUAAGGAAAAAAAAAAUGAGUUGUGAAUUUUUUCUAUAACAAGGAUGGAUUAUAAUAUAUUUACCCACCAACUUCUAAUUUCUAAA